AUGGGUGCCUUGCUGCUGCCAUCUGGCGAUGAAAACAAGUCGCCUAUCAUUGAUUUCUACCCGAAGAACUUCAGCAUCGACGCCAACGGCCACAAGUGGAACCGGCAAGGUGUCGCGCUGUUGCCCUUUGUGGAAGAGAGGCGGCUGCUCGAAGUUAUCCGCGUGGUAUACCCGCUCCUGGACACGAACGAAUCCGACCGCAACACCGAAGGCGACGUCCUCCUGUACGUGCGGGAAGGACAACCCGGCUACGACUACAUCACGGAUCUCUACGACGCGUACGAUGACUACGACGAGGAAUUUGAGCUGGAGCCGCAGUACUUCAGUGGCAUUGGAGGCAAAAUCCUGUUAAGCCAGAACGUGGUUCCGAAAGGAAGUGACAUGGCGUCCCCGGUGGACGGCGUGGACCCCAUUCGCGACUGCGCUGUUACGUGGUGA